ACCGAUCCAGAUGAUGAAUUCCGGCGAAAUGCUCGGAACCCUAGAUAUUUUUGCAAUUUCUGCGAAUGGGGAGAAACCCACAAUAUUAACGGCUAUCGUCUUCAAGAAACCUUGUGAGGGCGCGACGCCAUCGUAACUUCUGCCUGUUUCGUCCCGUUGUCAUAGACAUUGUAGGGGUCUUUGGACUAUGUCAGAAGCUCCAAGAGAUUUAAAUGAUUCAACCGAGCAGAGUAGAGGUGGACCAGAUUACUUCAGUUAUUAUACCCAUGAAAUAGCUAGGCUGUUGUCUGAAAAUGAGGAUAUCAUGGUUGCGCCCGCUUCAAACACUCCUGAGUUGCCUGAAGGAAAAUUUCAAUGGACCAGUGGGAAGGAGAGGAUUUCUUACAACUGUGACAAUGAUGGUCCUGCUUUCGGUAACAGCUUAGGAGCAAGCAUCUCAGAUUUUAAGAAAGAAAGAUUGAAUGUGUUGCUAAUGCAGAGCGUGAAUGAUCUUUCAAAGGAAGUUGAAGAAAUGCUAGAUCCUGUGCUAUCUAUGCACCGGUUGAAGUGUCAGAUAAGAAACAAAAGCAGUAGAGAUAGUGGUGCAGCAUCUAAUGGUGAUGCAGGGCAAAUGAACUCUGAGGAACUUAAGAUGUCACCUUCAUCCUUAUCAACAGGUGUCCCUGCAAAUUCUAGCAAAGAGGAGGACGAUGAUCUGCAGUUCCUUCUACAGAGUGAUAGCCAACUUGUUGAGCAGACGGUGAAAAAGUAUUCAGAUGAACUAUCCAAUACGUUGGGGCAUAUGGAACAGAGGCUUGAAGACCUUCUUGAUACUCUCAUAGCCAAGUGCAGGCAAAUGACUCCUGCUGAGAAGCAGCAACUUCAAAAAUGGAUUCAGAAGCUACCACAGGAAAAUCUAGGUCGUGUUGCUGAAAUCAUCCAACAUAAGAAGCCAGCAGGAAAGAAGCAUCAAGAUGACAUUUUUGUUAAUUUGGAGCUAGAGGAAAAUGUAACACUCUGGAGACUCUAUUUCUAUGUUCAAGCUGUGGAGAAUGCUAAAAAGCUUGCAAAGUAGCACAGCCCUGACAACAUUAUUACUAUCCCUUAUCAAUUGUUCGGACUUCACUGGACUCCACAGGUAUCCUUUCCUCUUGUUAGAACAUUUCCUCAACACAAAACAGAGGCCAAUCAAAGUUGGACAAGUGGAGCACCUGGAGGACUUGCCUCCAAAAGAUCUCAUGUCCAUGCUAUUAUGCUACGCAGCUCCGAUUCAAUGGAAUGGCGACCUUACUGGUGUCCAUAUCAUUGCGAAAGCAAAUUCCAAUUUUUCAAGAGGUCUAACUCACCAAAACAGCAUCUACAGAGUUAGAGGCGGCAUUCUAAAGCAAGAGGGCAAGUCAUCGGAGAUAAUAGAGAAGAAGAUGAGUAGAAGGGAGAGGAAGGAGAAGAUGGAUUCUGGCCAUUGAUAGGGAAGAUGGUUUUUAGCCGUUGACGGAGAAGAUGAGUUCUAGCAUCAGCGCCGAUAUGCCUAGAUUGGAAAAGGGAUAAAAAUCAAAAAAUAGAGUCUUAUCCCACGUAAUCCCAUGAGGGAGGUGGGAUACAUUUUAUUUAGUCCAGGUGAUAGGAUAAAACGUGAUGGAGUGCAUCCCAUUCUUUAGGCUCCUCAAACAUGGAAGACAGCCGGAUAAGAUAAAAAUCUUAUCCCAUCUCAGUGUGAAACUGUGAAUCCCGGCCUCCAAACAUGCUAUAAAAUCCUCUGUACCCC